AUGGACGAAUUACGGUUAAGUUUAUAUACGAUUUGUAUUCCUAUAAUUCUUCUAUUAUGUUCGUUAGCAGCUAUUUUAAAUAUUUUUGUGCUGUUGUCACGAUUGCACGUCAGAUCUCGUUCGAACACUCUCGAACUUAUUUAUUCGCUAGCAACAUCCGAUACGUGGACCUCGAUCAUCGUUGCGGCAUCACUUUUUCGAAAUUCAUAUAUGACAGUGGUACUCGGAUAUGUGCACACUUCACUCUGCUUUCCGCUCACACUGGAGGCUCUCAGAUCUGGUGGUCUUUUAACCGGAAUGCUGCAUCUGUUCGCUCUAGCCAUACACCAUUAUUUGUCAACCUCAAAACCAUUUGAUCAUGAGCAGAUUUUAAGUCGACGUAAAAUCCACGUGAUAAUUGUAUUGAUUUGGACUAUACCACCUGUUGCACAUAUAAUUUACUUUGCUUCAUGGCCAGGACAAGGUUAUCGCAUUAAAAAUUGCACAGUGGUCGCAUUUUAUGAUCACCUAUAUUUUCGAGCAAUCAUAUCAACGAUUAUAAUAUCGCUUAUGCUAUCUACAGGCUAUUUAUAUUCAAAGUUAUUAAUAAAACUAAAGAAGACGCAUGUAAAGGCAUCAUCGUCAACAACGUGGAAACGUCGCACAGUUGUAACUUCUGGGCUAAUUUUUGGUACAUUCUUAGUUGGUUGGUUGCCAGCAUCACUGCUGUACGUACUGACAGCUGAAGGAAUGCCACUUUAUGCACAAAACAGCAUCUGGUUGAACAUUUUUUCUCUAACAUCGCUCGUUCUUAUAAUGAUCAAAUCUUUAACUAAUCCUAUCAUUUACUUUCUAAUUUAUCUUCGGCCACGCUAA